ACAAGAUUCCACGCAUUGUCGACUGACAGAAGACAGUGUUGUUAUGUUUUGUAAACAUGCUUUGUUUUUGCUAUUCGAGGUGGAUUUCACUUUAAACAAGUCUUGAAACGGAAAUAUUACUCGUUGAAACUAAAAGGAUGUGAAAAGAUUCUUCUUGUAUAGAUAUCCCUAAUGUCAUCUGUUUUGUAAUAGAAAUAUGCCAGAUUGGUAGAAUGCAUAUUCAUUUUGAACAAAAUACUUCAACAAGGACUGAUUCUACCAUACAUUCUUUAUCAUGGAUGGGAAAGGUACCUGAUGGUCUACCCGAUGAAGGAGGGGGGUGGAAACUUAAUAGAUCACAGUAUUAUAUGGAGGGUUGGCUUGCUAGUGGUAAUGCUAAAGGAGUAGUAGGUGUCACUUUUACUACUAGUCAUUGUAGAAGAUACGAAGCUCCACCUAGAUCAAACUUUAACCUUAGAGGACAUCGAAGUGAGGUAGUUUUAGUGUGUUGGAAUGAACCAUAUCAAAAAUUAGCAACAUGUGAUAGUCGAGGUGUGAUAUUUGUGUGGAUUAAGCAUGAAGGGCGGUGGUCUAUAGAACUGAUCAAUGAUAGAAAUAAUCAGGUCACAGAUUUUGCUUGGUCACAUGAUGGUAGAAUGGCCCUUAUAUGUUACAGAGAUGGUUUUGUCUUGGUAGGUUCGGUGGCUGGUCAACGGUAUUGGUCAUCUAUGUUGAAUCUUGAAAAUACCACUAUUGCUUGUGGUGUGUGGUCACCAGAUGAUCAAAAGGUUAUGUUUGGAACAACUGAUGGGCAAAUUAUUGUAAUGAGUUCUACAGGUGCCAUGAUAACUCAGGUAACCUUACAUGAUGGUAUGGAAAUUACUUCCAUGGCUUGGUCAUGUGAAAAAUUUAACAUGGAAGAAGGAGAAACAACAGGGUGUAAUGUUGAUACACAAAAUAAGACUGAUGAAGGAAACUCUAGUCCAGUCACUCCUAAGAGUCAUACGUUAGCUAUAUGUUUCAAGUAUGGUGCUAUUUAUCUCUUGUCUAACUAUGAUGAUCUCUGUCCUAAUAUUGUUCAUACAAUGCUAACAGGUCUGAAAAUAGAUUGGUCUAAUUGUGGAGAGUACUUAGUUGUUGGUGGCUUCAUUAGACUUCCUAAUUUACAGUGUCGUAAUGAACUUCACUUCUAUUCUAAAGAUGGAACAUUACGGCAUCUAAUCUCAAUACCAACACAGGGUAAACCUUUAACAGCAUUAACAUGGGGUCAUAAUGAUAAACGAUUGUUUAUAGCAGCUGGGUGUAAUUUAUAUGUAGCUUGGGUUAAUAAACAGAUAGCUCCUCUAUACUUUCUUUGUCAGCGUGUCACUCAAACCUGUAUUCAGCAAGAAAAAAAUGCAACACGACUUCCUCUUCCAGUUAGAUUAAGAUUAGGUAUACAGGCUUUGUUUUCUCCUACAGUCAAGAGUUACAUUCCAGAUCCGUUUAAAUUACGUGAGUUUGUCAGCACAACACCACCUGGUAAUGAAAGAUUGUUUUGCACUAUGAUCAGACAUGGAGAUGAAACAUCAGGCGGACAUUAUACACUGUAUCUGGAAUAUCUGGGUGGAUUAGUGCCACUAUUAAAAGGAAAACGUGCAAGUAAACUUCGACCUGAUUUUGUCAUCUAUGAUCCUAAAAUCAGAACUACUAAAGUUGAACAGAAUACAGAUAUGGGUGGCAGAGAGAGUAGUAGUAAUACAGAAUCAGAUACAGAUAUAUCUGCUGAAGGAUGUGGCUCUCCAAGGAUGCAAAGACGUAGACGACACAAACAAUUCAGAGCUGAAAAGGUUGAAAGAAGUAUAACAUUCCGGACAUUAGAUGAACUUAUGUAUAAUGACAAUUUACCAGAGAGUAGCAAGUUGGUUGAAGUAACAUCCAAUAUUUGGGGAACUAAAUUCCAGCUGAUAGGUGUGGCAUCGUAUUUACCAGAGUUUCUGGGUAAUGUUGUGUAUAAAACUAGCUUAUUACAUCUACAACCUAGACAAAUGACUAUAACAUUAACAGAAGUUGGGGGAAGUUCUCAAGCAUUAUCUCGUGAUUCUAACUUUACCCCAGCUGGAGCACCAGAAGAUGAUGAGGAUUCUUCAACAUUUAGUGAUACAAAUGAUUGUGAUCUAUUCCCUGAUAUUCUCAAGGAUAAAAAUGGCUUUGAGACUGAAGUGCCAAUGGCUAAUCAAAUUUGUGUUGAUGUUCAACAAGUUGUAGAGACAGGCAAUCACAUGGAAAAUUAUACUAAUGGUGUAAAAAGUGUUGCAAACUAUGAGAAUUAUAAUGCUGGUAUCUUGCCAAAACUAACACAUACAGGUAGUAUUAGGUCAAAGCCCUUGUCCCCUGUUUUAAAUAGUUUUAGUAAACUAUCAACAUCUCCUGUUAAAACAGACUCUAAUCAAGAUGGCAUCCAUCCUCCCAACUAUGACAAUCAGGGUGCUCGUCCUAAACUUAUCAGUGGCAUGCAAACCUUGUUCAAAUUUAAUGGGCAGCUAGAAGAAGUUUUUGAUAGUCCAAAUGGGCUAAAAACUGAUGCAAAACAUUCACCCAAAGUUACAAUGAGUGAGAACAAUAGUCCAGUGACUUCGUCUGCUGGAGACAGUCCACGAUGGGCUGAUCCAGCCUCUACAGCCAUAAAAUAUAUGGAUGAAGAAUUGCCUGAUAAUUCUGAACUACCAUUUGAGAAUAAUUUAGUGGGGGAUUGUAGUCCUACAGCUCCUUGUCAUCCAGACUUACAUCGGAGACUUUAUCUUGCUCAACAAAAAUCUGUAGAACUAGAGGAAUUAGAAGAACAUGGUGUACACAUGUUUGCACCGUCAGAAGAUUUAGAUAAUAGUGCUUUGAUUGAUGAUAGUGUUACAGAUGUUAUCUAUGAUAAAAGACCAAUUAUAAAAGGAUCUAUAGAUCGCGGUAUUAAUACUGUGCAUACUAUUUUACAAAAAGAUCACUUAUUUUCUAACGGUAGUGACAUCGAGAUUUUACAAAGUGCUUCAUUGCCAGCUUCACCUAUACGUUGUUCAAAACUUGAUUCACCCACAAGGAAAUUACGAGAGGAAGUUUUAAAGGGUAAAUGUAAACAUCUAAGUCCCAUGUUUAAAAGACGGUCUAAACAUCAAGCUCAUAUAGACAGUUCAGAAGAAGAUUUAUUACUAACAAUAGAGAAAAUCAAUGGUGGCACUAAUUACAAGAAUUUGGAAACCUUCCAAAAAUCACAGCUCAAACAAAAGAUACGGCGUGUUAAAGGAAAUGGAAAUGCUGGUUGCUUUCAACAAUUUGUGAUGCAUAAUAAAGCACCAUUAUGGAAUGAGAACAGUCAAGUAUAUCAGCUAGACUUUGGAGGACGGGUAACACAAGAAUCAGCAAAGAAUUUCCAAAUAGAAUUUCGGGGUAAACAAGUAAUGCAGUUUGGUAGAAUUGACAGUAACGCUUACACACUGGACUUCCAAUAUCCAUUCUCUACUAUACAAGCCUUUGCUGUAGCUCUAGCCAAUGUUACUCAGAGGUUGAAAUAAUUUGUUAUAAUAAUCAAUUAACUAGUCAUAUUAGAUCUCAUUAUUAGACACAUAUAAAAAUUUAAAUACCAAUACAGUAGAAUCUGUAUUAAGCAGCCACCCAAGGGAAUUUUCAUGACUGACCGCUUAACAGGAGUGGCCUCUUAAAAAAAUCUUGGUGCGUUUGUGCUGACAUCAAUUAAAUAUUAUGCUUGGGUGCAUUGGAAGCAAACAUCAAUACUUGUGUCGGUAAAUUUGACCGUCGCUGAAUCUUGUGCCGAACGAAAAUUCUUUACUCAAAUCUCGGACAUAACUUCUGUAAACUUGUCAUUCUGUACCAACCUUCGAUACUACUGUCUACCAUUGUGAUGCAUUCGAUAAUAUUUAUCCAUUUUUGUGAAGAAAAUCGAUGAAUUAAUUUUAUUUUAUCAAAAAAAGCACAUGGACAAAAAAACAUCGCUGCUUUGUCACUGAUUUACAUGGGGUGUAAUAUUAUAGGAGGCGCUAAAACGUCUGUUUAACAACAAAGUGGCAAUGGAAAAGAGAUACUAGAUGAUCGUGACAAAACUCGGCUUCAAUCAGUAUCAAAUAAUGUGUCGUUACGCGUGAAAACAAUGAUCAGGUUAGUCGUUUUAAUAAAACAAAAGAUUAAUUAACAGAUAAUCCCGGGUUUAUUGUUAUUUUCACAUUUCUUUUUACCUGAUCAGUGGGGGUCCAGUUAAUUAACUACUAGUCACAGGAUUAGCGGAGGUGUUAUGAAGAACGACAAGAUGCUAUCAUUCAACAAUGGGCGUUGAAUGGGCGAUGUUUUGUUAAAUUUAUUAGUAAAAUAGUGACCGUUGAAUAAAGAGAUGAAACAAUAGAAUUUUUACGUGGGGGAAUUUAUCGUGACCGCUUACAAGGAGAUGUCGCUGAAUAGGAGUGGCUGCUCAUACAGAUUCUACUGUAAUAUCAAUUUUUUUUUUAUUGACUUUUUCUUUUUUCAAAUCAAAUAUGUACUAUAAUUAUUUAUUUAUAUGUUUAAUUAGUAUUAGAAAUACUAGAUCAAGGUAGCAUUCACCAUAGAAUGUCUACUUAGUUUAUAGAAUCUCAAAUAUAUCUGGUAAGUGGUAAUCUAUAUCUGUUGGAUAGCCAAAAUGACAAGGAUGUUGGAUGUUAAAAUUAAUGCUCCAAAUAUACAAACGAAAUUUGUGAUAUAUGGCUUGAAAAUAGAAUAUUAGAUGCCCAGUAGAAUUUUGGUUACAUUUCUAUGCAUACCAACCCGAAAAUAUAACCAGUUAUAGUUCCAAAUUCAAUUAAUUGUAGGAUAUUUUGGUCAGGGUCUUCAUGCAGCUGACUUUAUGAUCAAUAUAAAUGAUCUUUAACACUAGUGGUCUGGUACAUGUGGAGCAAAUUCCCAGGGUAUGCUUUUUACUCCCAAAUAAAGUUACUGGAGCAAUGCUGUGACUAACAAGAAUUUUGUCUCUUGAGCCUUACUAUAGAUAAGGGCAGCUUUUAUGAAACACAGGUUUACUUAUAAUCUAGAAUCAAACUGUAAACUUUUACUUGUCGUUAUAUAUUUGAUUCAUUAAUCUUGCACCAAUUUUCUGUACUAACAGGAUAUACAUGCACUUAGAGCCAUAAUCCCAGGUGAUGAUUAGGGCUAAUAAUUGUUAUGCGCAGCACACAAUUCUAUGGAAUACAGUUAUUGUUUAUUACUAAGCAACGUCUCUCUCAGCUAGGAUUAUCUAAUCUCUGUAUUUCCAGUUCAAUCACUAAAUACCAUGAGUCAGAGAGUUAGUGUUUAUUUAAAACCUUGGAGUUAGACAAAUAAUAGAAAGGUUAUUUUAUUGAAGUCUGAUGUUAGUUUGAAUUUGAGGAAUAAUGGCAGGUGAUGAUAAUCAAUUGAAAAACUAUACAAAUUAAUCAUUUUAUUGUCUCUUGUGUAUUUUCUAAAAGUGCUCUGAUCAAAUUGCUAUAUAUCAUACAUUCUUGUAUGUAUGCAAAUUGUUUAUACAGGAAAUGUAGAUUUAUAUGUUCUGUACUUUAUAAUAAAGUGAAGUAUAUACAGAUAUAGAACAUGAUAAUUAUGAGAUAUUAGAUUUCUUUAAUGUAUGUAAUGUACAUACACUCUUACAUUACAAAUAAUUCAUAAAUUAGAUUCAAUCUGAUUAAAACACAGAUCCUAUUUCUUUUUGUUUUUUAUAGUUCAAAAUUUAGUUUUACUUGUCUUUACUACACUAGGAUCUGGAAGAGUUGUUAUAUAACCCGCAUUCUGGUUGAUGUGAGGGAUUAGCCAAUGAAAUGGUCUGUUGAGGAGGCCAUCGAAAGCAUAAAAAAAAGGAACAAAUAUAGAUCUGUAUUUUAAUCAGAUUGAAAUUGGAUUGUUUUUCAGACAUCACUAGCAAACUGCAAAUUCUUCAGUAUAAUAAAUCUGUCUAGUAUCCAACAUUCUAUGAUUUAAACCCAUCGUCAGACAUUCUUUAACUAUCUUUUUAUGUUUAAUAAAAACAUUUUGUGUGAGCUUUACUGUUUUUCAAUUUGACACAAUUAGGAAUACAUCUCAGAAGUUAUAAUGAAUCUGAAGUUUUGAUUAAGACAUUUCUGCAGUUUAGGAACAUUUGGCAUAUUUUUUAUUUUCAAACAACUCUCAGAUAUUAGUAUUAUUAAUUUUACAUGUUAUUUAUUAUAUCAUUCUCUUUAUUAAUUGUGAUGUGUGAAAUUCAUUACAAAGUUUACAUGUUUUCCAAAUAUUCUAUAUAUUGCCUUAUAAUCUAUUCAAUAUAUGUUUAUAUUUCAUUCCCCAAAAAAUUAUUGUGCAAUAUAUGUUAACUGUUAAUAUUAUGUUAUAAAGAGAAUUUAUGUUUAGUUCUUGAAAUAUUGAUUAACAAGUUAAUCAUAAUUGUAAAAUGCUGGACAUACUGAAAGAAUAAUAGAUACAGAGAUGGAAGUAGGGAAUACAAAAAUCUUCCACAAAAACUAUAGGUAAGCAUCUUCUGUUUUUGACAGGUAAAUACUUUGCAUAUUUAAGCUUAUACAAAAUAUUUGGUACAGAUUUCUAGAUUAAUUCCUGUUUAAACAGAUACAUAAUGCUGGAAGGUGGAACAUUUUGUAGAAUGCAGAAACACAUCUCAAAGAUUAAGGUGUACCAUUAAAUUGUAUAUGUUAAUUCCGAAAUGACCUAGUUUGUGUCAAGUCGCUGUUAAACCCCAUUUCUCUCUCCAUUCUGGCUGAUGUUGUCUUGGCUUUCGGUGAAGAGAUCUAAUUACUAACAUGGUCUAUCUAUAGAGACAGUAUAAUAGUCAUAAAGUGAUCCAAUCAAUACUUAUAGAUUACAGGAUUUCUAAUCAUUUCUACAAUAUGACCAUUUAUAAUCAAAUUAUAAUUGUAAAUUCCACAACAACUGGAGAGAAAAAUAAACUUGUUAGUAACAAAUCAGAGCAAUUUGAGAUCUCUUGCUAAUGAACGAAUACUGUGUAUUUUUGUAACAUGUAAAAUCAUAAGGAGUGAAUAUUAUAAACUUCAAAUAAAAUGUCUUACUAUCAAUAUUUUAUGAUCUAAAUUUCCUUUCAAAUUUAGGAACAUUGAAAAUAGAAGUGUGAUAAAAAUCAAAAUUUUGUUCUGCUCUUUAUCAAUGUCUGCAUUUAAAAAUAUUUAAUCCCAUUCCCUAUCAAUGUAAUAAAAGUACAGUAGAGCACAAAAUAUAGACAAAUUUGUAUUUUGGUGUCAUUGUGGUUAGUAGUUUUUAGAACAGUUUAAAGCAAGGGUAAAUUUCAAACAUUUUUGUAUGAGCUUGUGUAUGUAAAGUAUGUGCUAGAAAGAUGCUAUGCAACAAAUAUAAAUCCCAAUAACUGAAUCUUAUUUUUAGCUAGUCCAAGUAAUGCAUUUCAUAAUAAUUAACAGUAUUAAAUUUGUUUUUUCUUUCUUAUGGCUACAUGUUGUAAUAUACAAUCUAUCUAGUUGUAGCUAUUACAUUCCUUUUUAUUGUUAUUUCUUUUAUUGCCAUAAUAUCAGAUGUUGUAUGUGAUGUGGUUUUGCUUUAAAUGUGCCAAAGAAAUGUCCAGUUCUAUUUCAUCAAUACAUUUUUUUUUCUUUUAAAAAAAACCCUACAGUUUUGUUUAUUAUUAGAGACUUUGCGCGGGGGGUGGGGGUGGUAUGAAUGGUUAACAAAACGUGUGCAUUGAAUCAGAAGGUCUGUCAUUAAAUCAAGUGGAUGUUAAACCCCAUUUCUCGCUCUUUCAACACUAGUAGCCUACUUCAGAUUACAUUCCUGCAAUUCCUGAGCAGUAUUUAGUCUUGUAUUACAUUUAUAAUAUUCCAGAUUAAAAGCCAAAUAAAGACUC